AGUCGGUCUCUGACCACGCUGUCCUUAGAGCCCGAGGAGGAGGUCAUCGCGGAAGAUUACGAUGACGACCAUGUGGAUUACGAAGCCACCAGAAUCGAGAACUUGCCGCCCAACUGGUAUAAAGUGUUCGACCCCAUCUGCGGUCUCCCCUAUUACUGGAACAUGGAGAAUGACCUGGUCUCCUGGCUGUCUCCUAACGACCCCAGCUCCAUCAUCACCAAAGCAGCGAAGAAGUUGAAAAACAGCCUAGAGGCUGACGAGAAGCCGGAGCGCCCCUAUGAGAAGCCGGAGCGCCCCUAUGAGAAGCCGGAGCGCCCCUAUGAGAAGCCGGAGCGUGAGGAGGUGAAGGAGCGGCGUUACCAUCGCCGGGAAGAGCUGGCGCCGUAUCCCAAGAGCAAGAAAAGUGCGUGGGGGGGUGCAGAGAUGAGGAGUUGGGGGUGCUGCUGGAUCCAAGCCAAUGUGGGGGGGGGGAGGAGGAUGAAGGAUGGGGGUGCUCAUGGCAUCCUGGAGAGGGUGGGGCUGAGCCCAGGGCAGGGUGGCUGUGGGGAGCAGAGACAUGGGGGACGAAGAGGGAUGAGUGGAGAGGAGAAGGGGGUGAAUUAG